AUGAGUGAGAAGCUAACCGGUGGACGGUACAACCGUAUCAGUCCAUCCUCGGGCCGGGGGUCAAUCAUCGCCUACUCGCCACUGCCGAAGUCGGAGCAGGACUGCAUGGGGCCCGGAAACAACUGCCUUGCCAUUCCGCUGUCCGCCAUCCAGACCGGCGGGCCGCCCGGGCCCAACUCGCUGCCGGGUGUCGGCGGACUGGCCGGGAAGCUGCCGAACAACAGCCUCCUGGCUGCCCACGGCCCCGAUGGCCAGAAGCACUCGAUCGCCAACCACAACAAUGGGAACAAUGCUAACAAUAAUUCCAGCGGAAAGCGUUUUAUUAUCGUCAGUGACAUCAAGAAAACAGUCAGCUUCGGGGGACAGCCCGGCAGCGGGGGCUUCGUCAGUUCCCGCAGCGAACCGAUCUCGCUGGCCACGCUCGACAAGGACUGCUUCAUCAUUCCGGUGCACAGCCUGGACCGCUUUCUGCCGGCCGGCAUUCCGCUCCCAACGCCCGAAACGGCAGACGCGUCCCAGGUCGGGCCGCUGAGCGUGCUGGAAGUGUCCGAUCCGAAGAUCUGCAUCUUGGCCCACCUCAUGAGCCCGCUGGAACCGAUCGAUCCGCUGCUCGAGUCACCACUGUCCCAUCCGCUGAUGAAGCAGCGUGCCGUGGCCUCCGAGCUGCUGAACGAGGUUCAGCAGGGCAACAACGCCGUCGGCGGGAUGCUGCUGGCCAACAUGGAGCGCAGUUCGGCGGAAUUUCCUUUCAUCGCGUACUAUGUGAUAAACACCACCCAAACCGAUCCGGCCAUGUUCUACACCGGUGUCCGCGGGGCCUCCCUGUCCAAGUUCGAGCCCAAGAACACGCGCUACACGGCGGCCCACACGCUCGAUCUGUACAGCGAGGUAGCGUCCAUCUGCCGGCCUCCGUUGGCCCUGGCGCCCAACGAAGUCGGAAGCGUUAAGAGGGGCCAAACACCCUCGACCGGCUACAUCAUCAGCGUGUACAAGGUGUACGAAGGCGACGAUGGUGAACGGUUCGAGCGUAACUGGCUUUACUGGACCGGUGCCAGAAUGAUUUAUAGGUACCUCCCAAAGACGGCUGGUCUGCGACGAAUAACGCUACACAAGAGCGUUUCCUCGCGGGGCGACAAGAUGUAUCUGCUGCUGUGCGAGUGUGCCGACCUACUGAAGGACCUGUCGGCGGCCGCCCUCCUAAUACCGGCCCUUCGAGCCCGCCUGUGCGGUUACACUGGACUAUAUCGACCGAUUCAAACGUUCUGAGCGUUUUUGUUAGCAACAAAAAAAACGGGCCAGCCAGGAAGAUGGAAACAUCGGAGUCGGAUUUGCUCAACCACAUCCUGAACCGAAACUAGUGGAACGGUACAAUACAACACUAUCGGUUGUGCAACUCACUCGGGUGUCCCGAGCUACAGGGCCUCUCGUAGGGCUCAAUCUCUCCUACUAGGCAUAAGCGAUCGCGGGCCGCAACUAGAUAGCGAACGACACCGGACCGGGACGGGUGGUCGGUGGACAUGUGUUUUCAAAUGAACUUAUCUCUAUCUAUCUGCUAGUAAUUCCUUUUCGCGUCAGAACCUCGUGGUGGUUAAAUGGCCCUCAAGAAAAGUUAGUUAUUUAUUUAUUACGAAGCCACAGGGGUGCCACAGCGUGCUAUAGAAAUAACGAACUAACGACUACAUACUGCCACAGAGAUCG